AUGACGUUGACAAUUGCGUUUUUCGCACUCUCUGGUCUGGAUAUGUUGGAUUCCUUAGAUGUGGUGAACAAAGAUGAUAUAAUAGAAUGGAUUUAUUCCCUGCAGGUCCUUCCCACAGAAGACAGAUCAAACUUGAAUCGCUGUGGAUUCAGAGGCUCUUCAUAUUUAGGGAUGCCAUUCAAUCCCUCCAAGGGUCCGGGUGUAUCUCAUCCCUAUGAUAGUGGUCACAUAGCAAUGACUUACACAGGUCUGUCAUGUCUGGUUAUUCUUGGAGAUGAUUUAAGUCGAGUAAAUAAAGAUGCCGUACUGGCAGGACUCAGAGCUCUCCAGCUGGAGGAUGGAAGUUUCUGUGCCGUGCUGGAAGGAAGUGAGAAUGAUAUGAGGUUUGUGUACUGUGCUUCCUGCAUCUGCUAUAUGCUCGAUAACUGGUCAGGCAUGGAUAUGAAAAAAGCGAUAGACUACAUUAGAAGAAGUAUGUCUUAUGAUAACGGCCUGGCGCAGGGAGCUGGACUGGAAUCUCAUGGUGGCUCAACAUUUUGUGGUAUCGCAUCGCUGUGUUUGAUGGGUAAACUGGAGGAAGUUUUUUCAGAGAAAGAACUGAACAGAAUAAGAAGGUGGUGUAUAAUGAGACAACAGAAUGGCUACCAUGGACGACCCAACAAACCUGUAGACACUUGCUAUUCCUUUUGGGUGGGAGCAACAUUGAAGCUCUUGAACAUAUUCGAAUAUACAAAUUUUGAGAAAAACCGAAAUUACAUCCUGUCAACUCAAGAUCGCCUUGUUGGUGGAUUUGCCAAGUGGCCAGAUAGUCAUCCAGAUGCUUUACAUGCCUACUUUGGGAUCUGUGGUUUGUCAUUGAUUGGAGAACCUGGUAUUUGCAAAGUUCAUCCCGCCCUGAAUGUAAGCACAAGAACCUCAGAGCGCCUUCACCACCUUCAUCAGAUUUGGAACAAGGACUCUAAACAGUGUUCAGAUGACACACACCUCUCUACAUGACUGAUUUAGACUUGAAUUUAGUUCUGGUAGCAUAAUUGUAGCCCAAGGUUAAAAGCCAUGUAUAACCAAUGUGCUCUUUUAAGUGCUGGAGUCAUACAGUCAGAUCUGUGUUGCUGGCAUCACUUUGAUAGAUAGGGAGUUGCCUUCAGCAGGUUAUUCUGCAUUGUGAAAAAAGGCAGUAUUUUGAUUAUAUAUAUGUUUGUCACAGCAGACUGUAAAUGGCUCUUCAAAUGGCUUUACUUUUAAGAAAUCCCUUGAGGCGUUUAAACUUCAUUUUUAUUUUAUUUUUUUAGAUUUGUGCAUACUGUGUCAAAAUAGAUAAUAGGAAAGUAUUUUCAAAAUCUGUUUACAUAUCAUACAGUAUAGCACAGAACCUUGGAGUUCUUUAUGGUUUUAAUGUUUGACAUAUUUUUGGCUAGAGAAUGUCCCACAUUAAGUCUCAGUUAAAAGUUACCUUUUAUUGUCUACUUUCAAAUUCCAUAAACUUUGUUAAAAAAAAAAAUCAAGUAAAUAAAGUUAUUUUAUUCAA